GUGACAUUUUUAGUUGACUAAUGUCUAACUUAUCAAGCAUGGAUUCACGCUAAAUUUGGAUUCCGUUGUCAUGUUUGGAGCUGGAUAAGUGCACAAAAGAGUCACAACUGCUUCAAGAUGUGUUGGAAAAUGCUACUGAAUGGAGUUGGGGUGCCCAUAUUAAUGACUUGUAUAAUGUUGGUAGUGGUCUUGGAGAAUUAGCCCACAACAAAACCGUUACAACAGACCCUGACCAACAGGUAAUAGCCCCAGGAGCAUUAAAGUCCUCUGGAAUAUCUAAAUAUUCUGAGUUUGAUAAUGAAAUGGAUGGAUGUAUUCAGCAGCUGGAAAUCUUAGAAAUGAAUGAGCCAUCUGGACAACAAGAUACUCUUAAAGAUCCACUGGUGGAUAUGCUUACAGAGUUCCAGAAAGUCCAAAUGAACAAAAAUCUGUCUGAGCUUAGAUUGAAGGACUCAGAGAACCAUGUUGAAGAAAUGGAGAAGAUGUUGCACCUUCUGGAGGAAGUCCAAAUUACAAAAUUGUGUGGAGACCAAAGGCUGCAAAAGACUGAAGAGGAAGUUUUUAAACUUAACAGGAAAAUAAGAGCACUGGAAAAGAUGUUACAGGAGCACCAUACAAAGUGUCCUCUUGAGGAACAUUGGAGGCUCUACAGUGAUGAAAAGGCAGAUGAUGAAACUCUGAGGCUGCUCCAUCCACCUGCUCAAAAUUAUUUUAAUAAGGAAUCUGAAGAACUGAAUACAAAUAAAUUGGUUAGAAAUUUUCAAAGAUCUGAUUGCAGUCUAGUACUUUUACUACUACUACUAUGACAAAUUUAGUAAGAUAUUCCCCUUUCAUCUUUCUGAUAGCCUAGACCUCAAGAAUGUGUGGGGGUAAAUAAGGAAGAAUGUGUGGUGACGCUGAUGGAUUGCAUUGGCCAGGAGAUGGCAGUGUUGUCUGACAAAUUAAGUUCCUCUACAAGCAGUAGUGAAAGUCUAGUUGUUAAGCUGGGGCUUUUGAAAAAACUUGUAGAAAAGCAAUUACUACAUGAUGCUCAGGUCUUUGAACUCAGGAAGACUCUCUCUAGUUAUGAAAAGAAGUUUAGUUUUCUAGAAGAACAUCUUACUUGUCUUCAGUCGCAACUUUUGAAAGCUCAGGAAGAAAAGGCAAAAUUAGUUGAGCAGCCACACAAGCCCAAGGACUCCUUAAAGAAAAAUAAGACAUUCUCUGAGCAUCAGCAGUUUGGGCACCAACAGGACAUGAGCAUCCUAAAAGAACAACUCUCUGUGGCAUUGGAGCAGCUUCAGAGAGCUGAGGAGGAGAAGACCCAUCUUCAGGCUUUGUUAGAGUGCAGGACUCAAGAAGGAAAUAAAUCUCAAGAACUCUUGGCAAACAAAAAGGUGGAACUGAAGCUCAAGCAGCAACAAUCUGAGCAGCACAUGGCCUCAAUGAUUGAGGCUAGAGACCAGUGUCAGAAGUUGCAAACAGACAUAGAGGCUCUGAAGAAGAAGCUGCGAAACAACGAAAAAAUAAAUGAAACCCUUAGGUACCAGCUCAAACACAAUAUUCAACAGGCAGAACAGUACAAUGGCACUUCUCAAAACCUCCAUCAGGAAAUCCACCUCCUCAGUGACCAGCUAAACCACCUCAAAGUGGACAUUCUGCGCCUCCGGGCUGAAUUAGAGUAUUACAAGGCAAACCUGGCUGCUGUUGAACAUGAAAAGCACAAACUACAGGCCUCUGAAGCUGAGCAUGGUCGCCGUGUCCAGGAGGAGAUUCUGGCUAAAGAGCAGCUCAGUAUCAAGCUGGAGAAGCAAGGCAUGCGGUUACUCAGUCUUACUGAGGAACAUAAGGAGCUACAGCUGCACUACAGCUGUAUGAACAAGGAGAAGGAGGGUGUGGUCCUCCAGCUCCAGAGCCAUCUGAAAAAUGUCCAGACAGAACUAGACCAGGCCAAGAGCACUUUGAGGACACUUCAACAAAAAGACAACCAUGGACUCCAAAUGGCCCAGAGCAUGCAGAAGGAGAUCACUGAUAGAAGAAGACAGAUUGACUGUCUGCAAAGCAAGAUCCAAAAUCUAGAGGAGACAAAAGAGAAACUUUGUCAGGAGAAGCUAUAUCAGGACUUUGAAAACAAGCGACAGUUUCAGGAACUUGCACUGGUUAAAACUGAGAAGAAACACCUCGUCAAGGAGCUAGAGGCUGUAAAAUCAAGAGACAAAUAUUUAAGGAAGAGAAUAAGUGAACUUGAAGCACUUCAUAAGAUGUCCGGGAGUGUUGAAGGCUGCCAGGAAUUUAUCCAGCUGCAGGAGUAUUAUCGCCUUAAGCUCAAGCAUACCUUAGGCCUGAAGCAGGACAGUCCCUCCUUAGAUGUCGGGACUCUACUAUUCAAAGAGCAACAUGAAGUCAAGAAGCACCGACCGCACACCGUUAAUACCACUGAUGCCAACAGUGUCUGUAGGAGGGUGAAAAGUGCUGCAUUAAGUUCUACUGACGUAACCGAAAUACAAGGUGGCACCCAGCUGGAAAGAAAAGCCAGUAGGAGUGAAUCACAUCAUCUGAAGGCCCCUAAGCCAAAGGAAACAGUAAACUACAAUCUAUUCAGUCAAGAGCCUCUUACAUCAACUCCUUCAGCAACUAUGACCAGUCCACAGCUGCUCGGUCGCAGGUCACCUGUCCACACACUGCUCACCUCUAUCCCAAACAGUUAACGCAUAGUUAUUAUAGCUUCAUAUCAUGUGCACCUAUAGUAUAUAGGUUUAUGUUUUAUACCUUUUACAACAUUUUACACAAUAUUGCUCUAUUAAGUUAGAUUAGAUAAUUAACUAUUAUUGCAAUUUUGCUCAUGUUGUUUGAUUACUGAUUUUUCUCAUCUUUUUCCAUAUAUU